CUGUUUCACGGAGCACUAAAUUUUAAUUUUCACAUUACGUAAGGAUAACAUGAAUAUCAUUGGCGAGCUAUGACGGGUUCUUAAGUUUAAGCAUUAACCAUUUGUUCUUAAAGUUUUUUGUGUAGACCAUAGCUUUUCGAAGCUAUUUGGUAAAAUGUGACAAGAGAGAUUAUGUUGAAAGAAUAACGAACAGCCUGAACCAAGAUAUCCUCCGCUGUCGAAUCGUACAAUCAAGAAACUCAGAGGUCUGACGUGUGGAGGGACGCCAAACUAUGACUAGGAAAGACGGAAAUAAGACAAAUUUCGUCAUUGGCAUCUUAAUAUUAUUCAGACUGGCCGUGGUAUCGAAAACAAGGAUUAUUUAUAAUGCCGUGAUACGCCCUAUAAAAAAGCAAUUUAUCCUAAAGCGGAGCAACCUGUUUCUAAAAAUAGGUAAGCCGUGGUCGCCGUGUGUAUUUUUAGACUGGAAAACGUGGAGCGUGGAGUAAGAGAUGGAAAGCGCGAAGGAGAAAGGAAGAUCGCGGGAGGUGGAGCGGCCGUACUAGCAGUCAGAGUGGCAGUCUCGACCGUCCCUCGGCCAAGUGAACAUGAUAUUCACAACCUUGUACACAUGAAAGUCGCAGAAUAUUUUAAAAGGAGAUGACCUCCAAUGCAAUACGAGGUAUACGAAGAAAAAAAUCUUCGUUAUCGGAGGUUAAAGUCGCAGUGCUCGGUGCUCCAGGAGUUGGAAAGAGCGCUCUUACAGUCCGAUUCUUAACGAAGAGAUAUAUUGGCGAAUAUGACCAUCAAGCAGAUAUGAAAUAUAAACACGAAGUUAUGGUGGAUGGGGAACCGGUACUUUUUGAAAUCCUUGACACAUGCCCGAAGAAUGAAGAUGAUCUACCUUCAAAUGAAACUUUAAGUUGGGCUGACGGUUGCCUGUUAGUAUAUGCCAUAACAGACAGAGUGUCCUUUAAUUAUAUUAGAAGGGUUAAAAAAUCAUUAUGUGAUGUACCUGUAGCACUAGUUGGCAAUAAGGGUGACAUGGUGCACCUUAGACAAGUAAGCUGUGAUGAAGCCAAGGAUUACGAAUGUUGGUUCGGCGAAAUAGCGGCAGCCGAGCAGGUCACACAGGUCGCCGAGGUCUUUCACGAACUGUGCCGAGAGAUUUUAAGUAUACGGAGGAAGAACAAGCAGUCCUUACUGGAUCGCAUGCUAGGUGGAAAAUCGACUGCCAAAGCGUAUGCAAGAGGGAAAAGUGACUCUGCAUUGCCAAAAGAGUAAUAUCGAAUAAAAUUGUAAUCAAAAAGCAUUUAAAUUAAAUUGAAAUCUGAACCAAGGUCAAUUUAUUAGUUUUUAUAAUAAAACACCAAACACUGAAAAUAAUUAUGUGUUUGACAGUGUAAAACAGUUCAGAAAAUGUUUGUUAAAUAUUUGUACAUACUGUAAAUAUUUAUUAUAUGCAAAAUAAUAUUUUAUGAGGUGCAUGAUAAUCGGGAAUGUAACUUUAUUUACUUUUCUUCUAUAUUACAUUCA